ACUUUCCGAUUGGGCUAUUGUUAUCACCACCAAGAACAAGACACCACCACCACCACGACGAAAACCAAAUACCCCAAACACAAGCCCAAUGAAGCCAAGAAAGCGAAGAAUGGACUCCUUCCAAAGCAGCCUCCUGUUGAUCUGUCCCAUCACUUCUCCGUUGCGGCGAAAAAUCGGAUGGGAAGCGACGUAAAGAAGUUCUACAAGUAUUUUGCGAUACCGGGCAUCCAUAACCUAGCAGGAGGACUUCCCAAUUCCUCAUAUUUCCCAUAUGAUACCCUGGAGGCCACCGUCGCGCUUCCAACUCGAAUCAACCCACCCGCCUCCACCAACCCAGUCACUACACAGGUUGAAGAGGACGAGAUCCUAUUGUUAUCAACCCCACCCCCAACAGCCCGACUCACCAUCCCAAAAGAAAGCAACAACUCCAACUCCGCAACCCGAAUCGACCUUGCCACAGCCCUGCAAUAUGGCACCGCACAAGGCUACCCACCCCUCCUCUCCUUCAUCCGCCAAUUCGUCCGCGAAAAUCUGCACCCAAAUGUCCCCUACUCAGACGGACCAGAAGUGAUUCUCACAUGCGGUGCCACAGACGGCUUCUCCAAGACCAUCGAGGCACUGACGAAUGUCUGGGAUAAGGACCGUGAUUGGGCUAGGGAUAGAGAAUGUAUCCUGUGCGAGGAAUUUGUGUAUAUGAACGCCAUACAGACUGUGAGGCCGCGGGGUAUCAAUGUCGUGACUGUAGCUAUGGAUUCGGAUGGGAUGAUGGUAGAUGGGGAGCGCGGGUUGAAGAGUAUUCUUGAAAAUUGGGAUUUUAGUCGUGGGAAGAGGCCGCAUUUGAUGUAUACGGUGACAAUCGGACAGAACCCAACCGGCGCCGUCCUCCCUGUCCCAAGACGCAGGGAGCUCUACGCCCUCUGCCAGAAAUACGACAUCAUUAUCAUCGAAGACGACCCGUAUUGGCACCUCCAAUACCCCUCCGCUGCUCACGAGCUCGAAGCACACUUCCGCGGCGGCGGCAGCAUCAGCAACGCUCUCAAUCCUCACCCCACUACACCCAACUACAAUGCCCACGGCAAACCAUCCGGCUACCAUUUCCUCGACUCCCUCGUCCCCUCCUACCUCUCUAUAGACACAGACGGCCGCGUGGUCCGCCUCGACACGUUUUCCAAAAGCAUCGCGCCCGGCUGUCGACUAGGCUGGCUUACGGCGCAGCCGAAGGUUGUAGAGCGGAUUCUGUAUAUUACGGAGACGAGCACGCAGCAGCCAUCUGGGUUCGUGCAGGCGAUGGUUGCGGGGUUGAUUGUGGGUGGUGAUAGUGCAGGGAGUGAGGAAAAGCUUGGCGAGUUUAGUGAGGAGAAAUGUACUGGUGGUGGUGGGAGGCAGUCUGUCAGCUGGAAGACGGAUGGAUGGGUGCGGUGGCUGGAAGGGUUGCGGGCUGGUUACGAAUGGCGCAUGCGUACUAUGUGCACGAUUUUGGAGGAAGGGAGGUCGAUUAUCGAGCACUCUCCCCCCACCGACACUUCUGCACGCUACAGCGAUAACUACAUUGAUGAGGAUAAUGACGAUGACGACGACGACGAUGACGACUGGCAACUCCUCCACAAAACCCCACUAUACACCUUCCAAUUCCCCCGCGGCGGCAUGUUCGUCUGGGUGCGCAUGUGUUUCGAGACACACCCUCUCUGGUCCCGCGGCGAUAUAUCUACUAAACGACUAUCCACCGCGCUCUGGAAGCAUCUGAUGAAGAAGCCGUUCCUGUGUCUGGUGGCGCCGGGGGGGUUGUUUAAUCCAGUUAGUAGCGGCAGUGGUAAGGAUGCUGAAGGGGGUGGACGCAAUGAUGAUGAAUCAUUCAGGUAUUUCCGGUUGUGUUUUGCACCGAUACCGGAAGGGGAUGUAGGGGCCUCGGCUAAGGGGUUUGUGGAGGGUUCUAGAGAUUUCUGGGCGCGGAGGGAUUUGGAUGAGGAUGAGGAUGAGGAUGAAAAGGGAAGUGGGAGGGGGAAUAGAUGA